GACCAUGAUCGCUUUGUUCAACAAGCUGCUGGACUGGUUCAAGGCCCUGUUCUGGAAGGAGGAGAUGGAGCUGACGCUGGUCGGGCUGCAGUACUCUGGCAAGACCACCUUCGUCAACGUGAUCGCGUCAGGACAGUUCAAUGAAGAUAUGAUCCCCACCGUGGGUUUCAACAUGCGCAAAAUCACCAAAGGGAAUGUGACCAUCAAGCUCUGGGACAUUGGGGGACAGCCCCGAUUCCGCAGCAUGUGGGAGCGCUACUGCCGAGGAGUGAGUGCCAUUGUGUACAUGGUGGACGCCGCUGACCAGGAGAAGAUUGAGGCUUCCAAGAAUGAGUUGCACAACCUACUGGACAAACCCCAGCUGCAAGGCAUCCCGGUGUUAGUCCUGGGUAACAAGCGAGACCUCCCAGGAGCAUUGGAUGAGAAGGAACUGAUUGAGAAAAUGUUCCACUCUGGUUUCCCCCCAGGAAUCUUUCUGCCAUCCAGGACCGAGAGAUCUGCUGCUACUCCAUCUCCUGCAAAGAAAAGGACAACAUUGACAUCACCCUACAGUGGCUUAUUCAACACUCAAAGUCACGGAGAAGCUGAGACUGCGGUCCUUCCCCCUCGGACCAGGGACCUGCUGUCAUCCAAACCGGAAGCCGAGCUCCCCGCCCACCCCGCCGUCCCCCCUAAGCCCGCCCCUCCUCACUCAGCGUGGGGAGGGGCCCUCUGGGGAUCCCAGAGUCCUGUUCUGCUGAGGUUUGAACUCCUGAUUUUAUUGUAAAAUAAACUGCUCCCAUUCUGGUCCCCUAACCUCUGGCCCUCCCCCUUCCCUCUGCCCUUUGCCCCCUGCUUCGGUCCAGUCCCCUUAACAGCCCGGGCCCCACAGCCCCUGCCCUCCUCUCUCCCCUGUCCCGCCCCUACGCCGCCCUUUUCAACACUCUUCAGUUAUCGUCCUGUGUGUACAGUAUAUAUAUGUAUAUAUAUUUUAAUUUUUUAAUUUAAGCAAAGACUAAAAUCAACCAUUUGAUGCUGCAGGGGCCCGUCAGGAUCUGGGAGAGGGGCGGUGUGGAAAGAAGGCAAGAGAGGCAGGGCUGGCUCGAGGCAGGUCGAGAUUAGGAAGGUGAAGGCUAGCUCCUGGGGCAGGUACCAGCCUGGGCACUGGUGGCCGUCCCUAUGUCCCGUUUGUUUCCACUUCCCAGUCGGGCUUGUCCCUGCAGUGCUCGAAUGUCACAGGCCGACAGGAGUCUCCAGAGGCACCCCUCUCUGGCCCCAGUCUCAGUAGGGCCACCGGGCACACCUGAGUGCCAGAGACCACCGGGCCAAAGGGGCAGGGGGCCAGCCUCCACGCCGCCCCAGCAGCCCCUCCUGCCCGCCCCCGGCUCCCAGCUCCUGCCCCUUCCUAGGGCCCCCAACUCCAUGGGCCACCUCAUUUUCUGUUCUCAUUUUGCAGAGUUGCACAAGGAGAGAACUCAGCACGGGGGGUUGGUUCUUUGGGUUUUGUUUUCUGUUUGUUUAUUUGUUUAAUUUAAUGAUUUGUAAAGUGAUGUUCCUCUUCCUUUUUUACACUUUUAGCUCAUAUUUAACCUCUGUUUGGAAAAUGAUUCUUGUAACUGUACAUUUUUUUGCCUCCUAACAACAAGAAUAAAUGACCGGUUUUGUGUUGG